UACACAAACUUGAAUUUUGACAUCGGUUUCGUUAUUACGGCUUGCUUUCAAUAUUUGUUGAUUUAUUUAGAUACUGUAACAGAUAAAACCAAAAUGGAGAAUACUCAGGUUGAGUCACAGGAGUUUAAACCUGUAUACACUGUAGAUGAAGAUGGAAUCGUUGAUUACGACCAUGACGAAGACACCUUGGAUUUCGGGUCGGAUGACGAUAGUAUUUUUGCUGAUGAUAACACUGAAGCUGGUGAACCUCAUUCUACGAUUCCCAGUGAGAAAAUCACAUACCAGGAACAGAUUCGGAUGAUUCACCUGCGGAGCCACCUCAACAAACUGAUCGAUCAAGUUGAAAAGAGGAGGUACACCACAGUGAGAACCAGAGAGGAGUUGAAUAAAUGUCGCAACCACAUUGCUUACCUUGAAAAUGAGCGAGAUCGAGUGUUUGAAGAAAUCGAGAAGACAGAGGCUGAAGAAAAUGUAGCGGCAUUGUUUCGCCUGCAUGCAACACAUGAACGGUUGUGUAAAGAACUGGAGGGGGAGGAGGAGAUUGUCAAGUCCAUCAGAGAGAGACUAAAUGAAGCACAAGACGACCUGUCAAAGGCCGAGGUUGAACGUAACAAGUUCAUGCUGGAGGAACACGACCUCAUACAGAAGGAAAAACAGUUAGCUGAGGAGAGGGUAACUCUUGCCAGAAUCCGCUUACGCAAAGAACAGAAACAUGCAUUACAGGCUGAGUCUGCUAAAAAACAUAGAGAGAGAAGUGAAGUGGAGUCAUCCAGAGAAAGAGAGAAACGUGAUCAGCAUCUCAUGGAAGAAGCGGCUCGCAGUCAUGAGAUCAACAGCAGAUACCUCAACAAGACCCUGGCCAAGAUUCGAGCGCGUGAAAUGGAGGAGCAUGAGCGAUCGAAAGUGGACAUGCAUCGAAAGAUGGAUAUGUUGCUGACUCUGAAGAACGACAUCAUCACUAACAGGGAGAACCUAGCGGCAUUGCAGGCCCGUAACAAGGUCAAGGCCCUUGAGGAAGAACGACAGGUGUUUCUGGAAAAACAGAAAAUCCUCGAAGAAGGAGGAAAUCCCGAUGAAGUGUUUUUGAUCAAGAAACGACUGAACGAGGUUGAGAAACAGAAACAACUGUUUGAGAAGCGGCAACAGGAGAACCAGAUUGGCAUCCUCAGUAAAAUCCUCAUGGAGGAGGAGAGAGUGAAGAACAAGAAGAAGUUACAGCCAAGCCUCUUCCACGACCCCAAGAGAGAAAAAUCACUGAUUGUCUCCCCUCACAAGCAGAGGUCAAAGUUACUAACGGAAUACACGAAGAUGUCGUCUGGCUUGGAGAAAACGGCACCUGUGAGAACUCUGUCGCCAGAAGAGAAAUGUGCUCAAGACAUCGCAGAGCGUGAAGAUGGAGAGAAGGAUGAGUACGAUCACCGUGAGAUCCCUGUUCCCCCGCAGAGAAAUCGACACGUCACUGACGACAGCCAGGGUCAGUCCGACACAGACGAGGAGGACAGCGUUGAUCUGGCCAAACCGGAAUUCGAAGGCUUGUGGGAUCAACACAAGCCCUACCAUGUACCUAAAGAUAUCGACAUGGCUGCCAAACCUCCGGGCGCCAGCAAAAUGGAAAAGGAGAUUCUGCAGAAGGUUUUAGAGAAACACCGAGAUGGAAUCGUCGUAAAGCAGGUUGCGGCCGGUCGCGAGUUCUCGGGGUGUCCUUUCUACAGCAAACCUGAUGUCAUUCAUUUUAAGGAUUUUAAUGUAGGACGCAGCUACAAGAAGAAGGUCAUCUUGACGAACGUAUCGUACUCCGUGAACUACUGUAAAUACAUCGGAAUCACCGAACGACUCAAAGAUUUUAUCAAAAUUGACUUUGACCCACCAGGACAGAUGUCGGCCGGUUUAACUUGUGAGAUGAUGGUCUCAUUCAAACCAAUGAUAAAUGAAGACCUCGAAGGAGAAGUGAACUUUGUAGCACAGACUGGACCGUUUUCCAUUCCACUCAAGUGUACCACCAAGAAAUGUUAUCUUGUGCUUGAUUCCUACAUGGUGGAUUUUGGCACCACAGUUAUUGGUGAAAACCUACGUCGAUCGUUUAUUCUCAUCAACAAAGGGGCACUUGGAACAAAGUUUGAAUUUUACAAAGUUACAGGAAUGAAACACGGAACGUGCACCACUGCUCCAACAUCACUAGGCAGACUGACGACAGCUGACACCAUGCGAGCGAUGAGUCCGGAAUCGUCGGAAUGUUUGGAAAACCUCGCCGCAUCAGUCAGUGCAGACAAACAGGCUGAGAUGAAGAAGAAACAGGACGCCUCAGAUUUGGGUAAGAUUACUGAGCCUGGAACUGAUGCUGAGACUGAAGCGGGCGUCGUGAAAUCUGACGGGAACGGCGUAAACGAUCUGUUAAAAUCACACGAUCCAGAUUUCCUCGAUGUUCCAGGUGAGUCGAGAGAUUUUCCUGUCAGUGAAAUGGAAGACUUCGGGUCGCUAGACGGGCUGAAGGUGGGAAGUAUUUCAUCGGGAGAGAUCGGACCGUUUUCCUCCGUCAAACUCGACAUUGUGUGGCAGCCCACAGUUCCAGGAAAAGUGAACGCCGACUUCUUGGUUUCCUUCACUGACCCAUUGUCAGAAGGGCUGAUGGUGAGUUGUGUGGCCAAUGCUAUAGACGUCCCCGUGUGGGUUGAGCGACAGACCGUGGACCUGAAGAUCUGUAUGUUUGACAGGCUCUACCAGGACACCAUUGUGGCAAACAACAGAGCCACGUCUGCCCUGAAGCUGAAGUUUGAGGUGUGUAAGGAGUUGAGAAAUCACCUCGAACUCCUGCCCAAGACCGGCUACAUCCAGGCGCAGUCACAGUUCUCUGCUCAACUCAAAUUCUUGCCACGGAAAAGCCUGUUUGAGGAAGGAGGGAAGUACUUUGAUAAGGAAACGGGAGUACUGGAGGCUCCCAUGUUAAUCAGUGUGGCUGACCAGGCUCAGCCGGUACCCUUCACUGUCACUGCUGUUGUGACAAACUCCGACAUUGAGUUCGAUGUCUCGGACAUUGACUUCGGGUACAGCACCAUUUACGAAUCUGUACGGAAAUCCAUCAAGCUGACCAACAAGUCCAUUUUGAAACAGGAGUUCGGAUUUGUAGGUCUGCCAGAUUAUAUGGAAGUACAGCCUAACGAUGGAUUUGGAACUCUGUUGCCAUUGGAAACGAUUGACCUGGAUGUUAUCUUCAGUCCAAAGAAAGCACGAGAGUACAAGUUCGAGCUGUGCUGUAAAUCUCUUAUCAACAGAGAUUUUAAAAUUCCAUGUAAAGGAAUUGGGGUCCACCCACCGCUGGAGCUGUCACAUCAGGUGAUUCACUUUGCUGCGACACCGAUGUACGACGUGUCGACCGUCUCGCUACACGUGAUCAAUUCUCACACGUCCAGUAAUGAGUUCACUCACCCCGUGCCGCGAAUAGGAAAAGGAGAGAUCGCAUCUGUCGGGCCCACCUCAUUUCAGUUCGUCAUACCUGAGGAUUGUCCGUUAACUGUGUCACCGACAGUGGGAACAGUUUUACCUGGACAGAAAUCUCGAAUCCAGAUCCGAUUCACUCCAAAGCUGACCGAAAGUCUCAUUAAGAAGGAAGCCGUCCGAAUGGCGACUAAAAUGCUCGAGGCAAAGGCGGACCGAGAAUACCGAGAGGCUGUUAAGAUGCAGAGCGAUUUACUGGAACAACAGGCGCAGAAUGUUCAAACAAAAGGCAAAUCAGGGAAGAAGUCUGCAAAAUCUGCGAAACCUCCUGCGCCGGGGAAGGGAAAAUCUGCACUUCAGGCUGUUGUGACUGGUGGCGAGAUAGAGAAACCAAAAGCGGUCGUUCCACCAGACAAAGAUUCCAUUUCGUCAGAUUCACCAGAAUACUAUGCAGCAAUUGGCUCUCUACUACGACAGUUCAAAGGUCAAUUCAAGAACUACGUAAUCCCAUGUUACGUGGCGUCCGGAAGUUGUGGUAAUCCGGGGGAACUGCCAUACAGUAUUCACAACACAUUGUACCUGGAAGUCCACUGUCCGGUUGUCAAGCCCCCAGUGGUCGUGAUUUCCGACAACGGGCGGACAACUCUUGAUUUCGGAGACGUGUCUAUUGGACAAGACAAGUCGCGGUCGAUCACUGUCCAGAACAUAUCGAACAAGCCGGUUGAACUAAAAUCAUCUAUACUGGAGACGGACGGACCGUUCCAGAUAGUGAACGCGAUGCGGAUGUUAUCAGCUGAUGCAACGCACACAGCAGUCAUCUCGUUCACACCCACGGCCGGCCGAGUGUUCCACGAAAUUCUGGAGAUACAGAGUCCGAACGGAACACUGUAUCUUACACUGACUGGUCGUGGGGUUAGCCCGAUCGUGAACCUGUCUCUCGAGUCGCAAGUGGUGGACAUGGGAGCAGUGCUGUGUAAUGAAUACAUGGAGAAAACAUUCAAGAUUCACAACAACUCAUCCCUGUCUAUUGACUAUUUUAUAAAACUUGACAGCAUGUCUCUGCUACGCCAUUCCAAAUCUCAGGGAAUUCCUGCCUUUAUCAAAAGGGAUAAAAAAUCAAAGAAUUUAGUUGGAACUCAGAACCACAAUGGCCAGUGUGUGUUUGAUCUGGUACCAGCCGAGGGCUCCAUAGAAGCAGGAGGUUCAAAAGAGAUCACAAUAACGUUUGCACCAGAUCACAGCAGUGAGAAUUACUCUGACGGUGUCCGUGUCGACCUAUUUAAACAGCAAGAGAGUCACUGUUUCCAGCUGAUCGGCAAAGCGAAGCCGCAUAUAAUGUACAUGGAGGGGGGAGAAACCAUAGGCCCCGACGUGGAGUCUCUCACCAUUCUACCAGUCAUCACAGACGAGGAAGAAGAUUUCAAGCCUCCACCGUAUACCUUGUUUGUGACACUGUUCAGCGUAGCAAAGGACGACGAGUUUACGACAGCGUCACGCGAUGUUUACGUUGUGUGUGUCAGAACAAUGGCCGUCAGUCAAAAGAAGCAUGGGAAUCCAGGCGGCAAGAAAAAGGAUCGUGGAAGAAAGAAUGGAGAGUAUCAGUUUGAGAAUCUACAGCCACUGAUCAACAAGGGCUUUAAUUUUGAACCACAGAGGGCGAUGGUGGAGGCAGGUUCCAAGAAGCCAGUGACCAUCACAUGGACUCCACCAGCCGGACACAAUCCAACUGAGGUUGUCGAGAGCAGUGUAUACGUCACUUUGAAAGGAGACGUCAAUGAACAGUAUCGCAUCAUACUGCGAGCCAUGGUCGUAUCGGAAUAGCCCGUAUCGCCCUCCCAGUGGUCGGGUAUCAUCCGUAUUGUCCUUCAGAGUUGUAUCAAACUUACUGCUGGUAUCUGUCAGUGAUAGAAAUAAACAGAAUAUUUCACACGUCCACCGGACAAAUACAUCUUGGAAUCUAUUUGUCCGACAAUAUUUUCAGUUGUCCAAAUAAAUGGUUUGUUUUAUUCAAGGACACUGCUCAAAAUGAAACUUCAUUGAACAUUUUCACUUGUCAACUGGACACCCACCAAGGUACAUUUUGUUUGUCCAAGCAGAUUUUCGCUGGUCAGGACAAACGGACAAGAGCUUAUUUCGUAUACUGCCUGUGAGACUACAUAAAUUUGAAUACAGCUAUUCAAUUCAGUGAUGUUGGACUGAUUUAAAAAGAAACAUUUAAACAGAAAGAUAUCUGGAUAGAUGGAAAAAGAAGCAAACAGAAGAAAUGUUCCGAAUGAGAUGUUUAUAAGAGGCCGUUCAGUUAUUGACAUUUUUACAAGUGUAUACACCCUACUCUUUUUCAUUUUUUUUUUUUUUUACUCUUUUUUUUUUUUUUUUACCCUCCUUCCCACUCCUAAAAGCAUAUAUUAAAUAUGUUGAUAUAUACUGAGCUACAAAAGAAACAUGACUAUUUGUAUUAUAUAUUUUAUAUUUAUUAUAUAUAAAGCAUUAAAAUGUUCACAAAACAUUGAUAAUGUUAAUAGCCAUUUCCCCACCCCUCAGUGUAUUUGUUAUAAAAACUUACGUUUGCUUUCUUUAACAUUGCCACUAGAGCACAUUGACUUACUAAUAAUCGGCUAUUGGAUGUAGUCUUAGAGAGGAAACCCACUACAUUUUCCCAUUAGUAGCAAGGGAUCUUUUCUAUACUCCCAUCCCACAGACAGGAUAGCAGUGUAUUUGUAUGCUGGUAGAAAUGUUGAUAAUUGUAAAUAGGCCCUUAUUGAUGCUGUUUAAAGAAAGGUGAGAAAGGCCAGUGUUGUUACAUGUAGUUUAAACCAGAUCAAUGUUGGACUGACAUGUUGUGCUGGUGGGGUAGGUCUCUACAAAUUACCAGGAUUAGGCCUAUAGUAAACUGAAUGUAUCUAUUGGGGGGGGGGGAGGAGUCCGUAGAGUCAGGGUUAGCUCUGGGUGAGUAGAACAUUUUGCCAAAUUAUCUGUUAAAUCUUUAAAAAUAGCAGAAAUACUGUUAUUUAAAAAAAAAGAAAAUCAAUUAUUACAUAAAAUUAUUUUGCCAAAUUAAAAUGAAUUCGCCAAUUGUUAUUAUAAUUCACAAAUUGGCAAAUUUGGCAAUGCCAGAACUGCAUGUGUAGCCCUGAUAGUACCGUAAAAUCCUUUAUUUUUGUGGUCUCAGGAGAUUAUGUACAUCCCAUUACAAAGUGUGUAUGGUGGGAUGGGAGUUCACCGACAGAAUAAAUAUACUUCCCAACAUUUACCAGUGUUAUAAAGUAAAGCCUGUUGAUUCAUAGUUGGAAAAUGAAUUCAAGUUGGUUUAAAACAUAAAGGGCUGGAUUUAUGAAGCCUGUAUAAGGAUUGUAAAUACACAUAGUUACAUGUGUGUAAGACUAAAACAAGCCUUGUAAUUUUCGGCCCUAUUUCAAUAAAGUUACCUUUAUCACAGAAUUUAAGACAAUUAAAAUAAAUUAUUUAUUUUCUUUUAAUUACAAGUCUUAAAUAUUCUGUGUGAUAAAAUUAAUUUUUAAUUUUAUCCAAUAUACUUUUCAGUGAAGUGUUGGAGAGGUUUGUGAUGAAAUGUACAAAAGAUAUUGGGGGGAAAAAAGGGGGUUUAAAGGAUGUACUUUAUGGAUGGACCCUGAGAUCAAUUUGGUCUGGUUUAACUUUGUGGAUCAGAUAAAGGUUUCUGUUGGAAACAAAAAACUUUUGUGGUCAUUUUAUAAUGCAGAGAUUUCUGUCAGUUUUUCAAUUAUAUUUUGAAAAAUAUUCAAACUUGCUGCCCCUAGUUAUUAGCCUGUUAAAAAUAUUUUUGCAUAUUUCAGCUUUCUUGCUGUUAACUUGCAUAUCUCCUUCCUGGUGUACAUAGUAGCUAAAAAUUAAUUUUAUGCUAAACCAGAAAAAGAAGUGUACCUCAAAAACUAGGGCCAGCAGCUUUAAAUAUAUAUACUAGUAUUUUUUUCAAAUUUUUCCGUCCAGUUUUCAAUUGCUAUAAAAUUUUGAUUAUACAUUAAUUUAUUUUGAAAUUAACUUAUUCAUGGAUACAUUUUAUGUUAUUGUUUUGCUUUUUUGUUGUUUAAUGAUUAAUUUGGCCUUCAUUUGAGGUAAAACAAUGCAACAUUCCAUUUCUUUUUUCAUUGAUGGUCUAUAGUAAAGGUCUACGAAGACUGAGUCUGGUAACCCAUUACUAAAGUAUGAAAGUCUUGUGUUUUAGUAAAAUAAAUAUUGGUAUCCUCAGAAACAUUUACCAUUGAAAAGGUAUUAAAACAAAAGAUUUUUAAAAAAUACAAAAAGUGAAGUAUUGUCCUCCAUAGAAACUAUACUGUGAUACAUUUGUACUAUUGUUAUUUUAUAUUUAAUAAUUAUGUGUGUUUAUUAUUUAAACUAUAAUAUACAUUUUGUGUUGUUAAAACCUUAAAAAAACAAAAUACUACAGUA